ACACUUCCUGGUGUGGCACAAUGUCUCCGAGUACAGCCGGCAGCUAGUGUGUGUGUGUGUGUGUGUGUGUGUGUGUGUGUGUGUAUGCGCGUGCACAGGCGCCUAUGUAAAUGUGAGUGACAGUCACAGUGAGAGGAGACCAGGAGACAGACGCUUUAACAGAGACCCUCACCAGAUAGAAAGAAGAGGGUGGUGAGAGUGAGAUGAAGUGAGAUAGAAGUAGAGUGAGAAAGACAUGAAGAUAGGACUGGAGAAAUGAAAUGCUCUUUGGUUUAUGACUCUGCUUAGACCAGUACUGUAAGAACACUGAACUUCCUGAGAAAUAGAGAGCAAGAGAGAGGGAAGGAAGUAGAGGGGGAGAGGAAUGUGGGGGUUUUGUUAUCGGAUUAAGUGUCUUGAAGACAGAAUGGGAAGCGGAUCACACCUGGAAGUCUACAAGGAUCUGGAGGACUGAUCGCUGUUUGUGUAAUCCUCCCUCUCUUUUCGAGGAGCGGAGAGCAGGAUGCUGCUUCGACUCUUCUCUUUGUGCAUAGUUUUUUUUCUUAUCAUGAGGACUCUCUGACUGUAUGAGUUUGUGAUUGGUUACCAUUGUUUGAGUGACGGCCAAGACUCCCGAUGGAGCAGGAGUUAGUUGCAGGUCUGUGUGAAAGGGAAGAGGUCAUAACCUCUCUAGCCUCCACAUCUGCUUCUUCAUCGAACUCUGACCUCCCCUCCACCCCACUGCCGGAGGGUGAGAGAGCCACGGUGGGUCGCAGACACAGCAGCAGGACUUUUAAAGGGUUACGGCUGUUUGGAAGGAGUGCCCUCUCCUCACUGAGUCCAAUGGAUACAUUUUUUGGCUUGCGGUUCCGACGGAAGGCCUGUGAGCCAGUCAGGCACAGACGCAGGCGCUCCAGCAUGUCGGUUCCUGCGAGUAAAGCAUGCCGGCGCUCCAGCGUGGGCCUGCCCUCGGCUGGUCUAGCUCAGAGACGCAGGUCCAGUGCUCAGCUGCACGGAGGCCUUCAAACCAGCCACAUGCAGGCUGAGCUCUUACAGUGCAGAAGGGGACACUUUGCCAGGAGGAAGUCAAGUGGUACGACAGCUUGUCUGACCCCCCGGUUUUCUAUCCGACGAAGACAGGCCGCCAAACACCGAAGCAUUCAUGCCCAGCUGCUGGGGCCAUCACUGCUCCUGGCUAGCGUGGUGCAGAUGAGUGAAGAUCAUGAAACAGAUGACAAGAAUGUAGAAGAAUACUCCUCUAUCUCCGAUAGCGACUGCAGCCAGGAGGAGCAAGAGUCAGCAGAGAUGGACUUGGAGUCUGAUAAGCGUUUGACAUGGUUGGCUGAGGGUAUAUUGGCGGGGGAAAGCAUUCAGCCCCGCCCCCUGAUCCGUGCACCGUGUUGCCUACGGCGAAACUCCUCACACCUACUUCCUGCUGAGGCAGUUUACCGAAGCCCAGCCUCUUAUGGGCUGUACGGAUGUUACCGUAGGACAAGUCAGGUACAGGGACUGUCUACUGUGAGUGGAGUGUGGGCAGGGAAGCGAGAUUCAGUUGCCAGAGGACCGGUUGCACUGUACAGGAAGAGCUCCCCCUGUUGGCCAGAUCUCACUCUUACACAGACACUGCAGGGAACUUUCUACAACCCUCAGACAGACACAUGGAGUGGGUUCCUCUCGAAGGCCAUUGCCAAGUCUGGUCUCCAGCACCUCUCAUCCCAGCCCAGUGCUUCAGUGGUGGCCAAGGGGGAUACAGAUAGAGAAAUCCGCAGCACUGUGGAUUGGAGUGAAUCGGCUCUGUAUGGAGAGCACAUCUGGUUUGAGACUAAUGUCUCAGGGGACUUCUGUUACGUCGGAGAACAGCACUGUUACGCCAAGACCCUGCAAAAGUCUGUUGCUCGAAAAAAAUGUGCCGCUUGCAAGAUCAUAGUUCACUCCAUCUGCAUCGAACAGCUGGAGAAGUUAUUGGACUGGAAAGCUCCGCCUCAGGGGGAGGGGCUUGAUGAGCUGCCUCUCAAAGACCCAUCAUUCAGAAUAAACUUUAGAUGUAAACCGUCUUUCAGGGAGUCAGGAUCUCGGAACAUCCGGGAACCUGCAAUAGUGCGACACCACUGGGUCCAUCGGAGAAGACAAGAGGGCAAAUGCAAACAGUGUGGAAAGGGGUUUCAGCAGAAGUUUGCCUUUCACAGUAAAGAGAUUGUAGCCAUUAGCUGCUCCUGGUGCAAACAAGCAUAUCAUAAUAAGGUGGCAUGCUUUAUGCUUCAGCAAAUAGAAGAACCAUGUUCAUUAGGAGCACAUGCCGCCGUUAUAGUACCUCCUACCUGGAUCAUACGGGUUCGCCGACCUCAGUCAUCACUAAAGUCAAGCAAAAAGAAGAAACGGACGUCCUUCAAACGCAAAUCCAGCAAAAAGGGAGCAGAGGAGGCUCGAUGGAAGCCCUUUAUUGUGAGGCCUAUUCCUUCUCAGCUCAUGAAGCCACUGCUGGUGUUUGUAAACCCAAAGAGUGGAGGAAACCAGGGAGCUAAAAUCAUUCAGUCCUUCCUGUGGUAUCUAAACCCUCGGCAGGUCUUUGAUCUCAGUCAGGGGGGUCCUCAGGAGGGGUUGGAGAUGUAUCGCAAAGUACACAACUUGCGAAUCCUGGCCUGUGGUGGGGAUGGCACGGUGGGCUGGAUCUUGUCCACUCUUGAUCAGCUGCAGCUUAAUCCUUCGCCUGCUGUGGCAGUACUUCCUCUGGGCACAGGAAAUGACCUUGCUAGAACGCUAAACUGGGGUGGGGGUUACACAGAUGAACCUCUGAGUAAAAUUCUGUCUCACGUUGAGGAUGGAAACAUUGUUCAGCUGGAUCGAUGGAAUCUCAUUGUGAAGCCCAACCCAGAUGCGGGCCCAGAAGAAAGAGACGAGCAGGUGACGGACAAGCUUCCCCUAGAUGUCUUCAAUAAUUAUUUCAGCCUUGGUUUUGAUGCUCACGUGACUCUAGAGUUCCACGAGUCUCGAGAGGCCAACCCUGAGAAAUUUAACAGCCGAUUCAGAAACAAAAUGUUCUAUGCAGGGACAGCGUUUUCUGAUUUCUUGAUGGGCAGUUCCAAAGACCUGGCCAAACACAUCAAAGUGGUGUGUGAUGGGACAGAUUUGACCUCUAAGGUCCAGGAUUUAAAGCUGCAGUGCUUGGUCUUCCUCAAUAUCCCCAGGUAUUGUGCAGGCACUAUGCCAUGGGGCAAUCCAAGUGAGCAUCAUGACUUUGAGCCUCAGCGUCAUGACGAUGGCUGCAUUGAGGUCAUUGGAUUCACGAUGACAUCACUGGCCACACUGCAGGUUGGAGGUCACGGUGAGAGGUUAAAUCAGUGUCGUGAAGUCACACUUACCACCUUUAAGUCGAUCCCAAUGCAGGUGGAUGGAGAACCUUGCAAACUAGCACCAUCUGUCAUUCACAUCUCUCUUCGAAACCAAGCCAACAUGGUGCAGAAAACCAAGAGACACACAUCUAUACCACUGCUCAAUGAUUGUCAGCAGCCGUUUCCAGAAAGAUUACGGAUCAGAGUGAGUCGCAUCAGCAUGCACGAUUAUGAAGCUCUGCACUAUGACAAAGAGAAGCUCAAAGAAGCUUCGAUCCCACUGGGUCUCAUCGUUGUCCCAGGAGACAGUGAUCUGGAAACCUGCCGAGCUCACAUUGAGAGACUACAGGAGGAAGGUGAUGGGACCAAACCUAAGGCUUUGUCGUCACAGAGGCUGUCGCCAAAAUGGUGCUUUCUUGACUCUACAACAGCAGAUCGAUUCUACAGGAUUGAUCGAGCUCAAGAGCAUCUUAACUAUGUGACUGAGAUUUCUCAGGAUGAGUUGUUUGUUUUGGACCCAGAGCUGGUUGUCACAGAGACAGUCAGCACGUCACCAGGCAUGCCAGACCUAGUGGACUCCUCUGGAGACAUCCCGUCCGUUCCACGCGAAUUCACCUUCCACUCAUCCUCCUCUUCUCCACAGAACUCGCCUGGACCCAGGAUUGAGGAGCUCCAAAGGAAGCGUGUUUCCAGUGACAGUUCUGUGGCACAAGCUCUUGCACACAGUGACUCACUCAGAUCAGCCAAACCAGCUCUCAGCAGGGCAGGGGGUGUUCAUCGCUCAAACACAACAGCAGCAGAUUUCAAACCUACCAGCAGGUUUGAGAAGAGCACCCUGAGUGAUGCAAACUCUGAAAUAUCAGCAGACACUCUAAUUGAUUGUGUGAAGAAGAAGGACCACCAGAAGUUGAAGGAGCUGCAUAAGAAGGGGGCAAACCUGUGUGUGCAGGACUCUGUGGGCCACACCCUACUGCACUACGCUGUGGAAGUGGGCAGCAAGGAGAUUGUCAGAUACAUCAUUGAUAAUGCACCCGCCGAUAUCCUGGAUGUAACCGAGAGAGAAAGCGGAGAGACAGUGUUGCACAAAGCAGCUUCGUUGUGUCAUAGGACCAUCUGUCAUUACCUGGUGGAGGCGGGGGCAUCGCUCAUGAAGACGGAUUUACAGGGGGAUACUCCAAAGCAUCGUGCCGAGAAGGCGAAGGAUGCAGAACUUGCGGCAUAUCUUGAGAAUCGUCAGCACUACCAAAUGAUCCAGCGUGAAGACCAGGAGACUGCAGUUUGACUUCUCACCUCUCACCCCUCACCUCAGCUGGUGUCUUUAUCUUGUGCCAAAAUAACAGUAACCAAACAUGUAUUCACCCAUAGCAGGUCACCUGGACUGCAGAAGGGGUUGAUACAUUCACAGAGAGGGGAGAUGGUCGCACACUUACAGUAACUGUCUCUGAAGAGGUCUCUAGCUUUGAGCAUCAUUCUCUGAAUGACCUGUUGGGCUUAAUGUUUUUUAAUUUCAUUGCACUGCCAAAACUUCUUUAGAGUUUGUAUGUAUGUUUGUAUGUAUGUAACAGAAUGCAUUUCCCUCCACAUUAAUGCACUCAUCAAGUUUAUUGCUUUUCUAGUAUGACAAUGCUGAAUGUUAGAUGAUUGCAAAUGAGGGUUUAGAAAAUGAAGGGCUGAAUGUUAACCUGUGGGUGAGGACAAACAUUCACUGUCUGUAAGUUUAGCUCAAGCAGUCACUGUAGCCCUGACCCUUUAUUAUUGCUCAUGUAUGGCUGUGCUCAAAUACGAUAGACUGGUUUGUGGUCCAGAACAUGACUGUAGGUCAACUUUUGGUGUUUAACCUGAAACAACAUUUCAGUUAGCUGACUAAUUUAAUUUUUAAUUAAAUGAGAUGAAAUUUACAAUGUAACUCAUUAUAUUAUCCCUGCACUCAAAGUGUUUUCUUUCAGCGAUGGUUCAAGGAAAGGAGUGUUUAGUGGGGUGUUCGUUUAAAGUAUCAGAACUAUUUAGAUAUUUUUCAGGUGUGUUGUUGAAAGGAUUUUGCAUUUUCAUAGAUUUCUGUGCUGUUUCUAAUAAGAAUAUUCGGUACUGUAAAUGUAUGCGAGUAGCUUUCUGUUCAAGAGGCAUUUGCACUGUAGCUUUGAUUGCCUUCUUUACUCUCUACUCUGGAUUUAUAAUUGAUGUACUAAACUAUAGCUACUUUCCUACCAUAUUUUUAAGUAAAUAGAUGUUUAUAUGGUUUGUAGCUAUAGCAGUUGUGUUGUCAUGUUUGUAUUAUAAAACUCUGUAAAUUAGAUUUUUGUUUAUUCGAGAUUAUAACAGAUUUUUCGCUCCUUUGAUGAUUCAGCUCAUUUUUCUUAACUAUUUGUGAUAAACCAAAACACUUUAUAUAAGAGUUAGUUUAUUAUUGCUUUUUUUUUCAUUGCUGAUGACUUGAUAGAGAUUUAAGAUUUCAGGAUACUAUUUAUUCUCUAAAUGUAUCAAUUCAAAUUAAUUUGGCCUUGAAAUGACACAUAUUUAAUAAUUAAAAUGACUUAAGUGAUAACAUUUCAAUUAUUUGCAUCACAGAAUGAAAUUCUUGUUUGUCCAGAGACUUUUGCUACUUUAAUGUGAUGUGACUUAUUGAUUUGACAGUUCUUUACAAUAAAUGUCAUUAUAUGUA